CAACCCGAUCCAAUCCGUUGCGACUUUGCCAGGAGGCGUCCCGGCGGCAUCUGGAGAGACUGGUAACUUAGCCGUUGGCGAGGCUUGAGGCCAAGAGCGAGAAGAACGAAAAAGCGGCUAGCGGCUAGCGGCUCCUUUCGCACCCAACUGCCUUCCCUCCUAUCACACUCCCUUCCUCUCUUUCCCGCUUUUCCUCCCUCCCGACCUCCUGACAUCCUGUUCUCUUGUAUCCCUGGGGGCUGUGUAGAAACCGAACUGCCCCACAACUAAUCAACACGUAACCUAACUUUCCCCCCCUUCCUUCUCACACCUUCCUUACCCUACGGUGGCAGUAUUCUGCUCUUUUCAAACACUCUCUAUUUUUACCCUUAUUUAUUUCAUUUUUUGACCACUCACACCACACACUACGGUACGGUUACCAAUGUCGAUUCAAGAUCGCACGGGCGAGUUCCACGCCCUCACAGCAUCGGCUUCUAAACGUCUCAAUAGGAAUAAUCCGAGUGGAGCGCACCAGCGAUUGCUCGGGCAGAAGAAUAGGAAAGCGGGGGAGGAUGAGCAGACGGGGAGCGGUGGGAGCGGUGGGAGGAGUGAGUUUGCUAGGAAGGCGAGGGACAUUGGAAGGGCUAUUACGGAUACCAUGGGGAAGUUGGAGAAGCUUGCGAUGCGUGAGUUCAUCAUCAUCAUAUCCUCCGGGAGUUGGGGAAGGGGAAAGGGGGGGGCGACGUGGUGUGACGCUAACGUGGGCUGGGUGGACGAACAGUGGCCAAACGCAAAGCCCUCUUCGACGACAAGCCAGUCGAGAUAGCGGAACUCACAUACAUCAUCAAGCAGGACCUCUCGGCGAUAAAUCAGAACAUCGGAGCCCUUCAGGCGCUCUCGCGCCAGAAGAAUAAUGGCCGCAAUGAGGAGGGCGAGCACAGUAAAAACGUUGUCGUCAUCCUCCAGGGAAAGUUGGCCCGCGUGUCGGUUGGGUUCAAGGAGGUUCUCGAGGUGCGGACGAAGAAUAUUCAGGCUUCCAGGCAUCGGACCGAUCAGUUCGUGUCGAAUGUUAGGCCGAGCUCUGCUGAUCGUUUGUCCCCCCUCCCCACAUUUGAGCGCCUCAUCGGUGGUGUGAGUAUUGUGUUAACAUGAGUGGUGAUGAUGACAGCAACGGUCCUGCAAACUUCGCAUUCGCCAUUAUAUUCUACACCGUCUACCACCCCCCGGCCGAAUAAUCAGCCCGAUUUAUUGUCCCUGGACCCAAACCCUUCCUCGUCAGCGCUAUCGGGUCCCGUAUCGGCGCAGCAGUUGGCACUGAUGGAGGAAGGGUCCUCGGCGAACUCUUACAUCUCCGCCCGAUCGGAGGCUAUAGAAGCUAUCGAGAAGACUAUCACAGAGCUGGGCGGGAUAUUCAGCCAGCUGGCACAGAUGGUGGGUGAGCAGAGUGAGAUGAUUCAGCGUAUUGACCAUGAGACGGAGGAUGUCGUAACGAAUGUAGAAGGCGGGCAGAGAGAAUUACUCAAGUACUGGUCUAGAGUCAGCAGUAAUCGGUGGUUGGUGGUGAAGAUGUUUGGAGGUAUGUCUGCCCAGUCCACCGUUAUAUAUAAAAAUGUUUCAAAACUAACAGAUGUCCCAUAUAGUUCUCAUGAUAUUCUUCCUUCUCUGGGCCUUGAUUAGCUAAAUGCUUCCCCCCUUUUCUUUCUUUCCCGUUUUCCUCCUCUUAUCCACUCUUCACCUUUUCAACCUUACUUCACUUCCACUUUACCGGGUGUGCUUUUUUUUGUUUUAGAGAAGAGAAGGGAUUAAACAGAGAAGCAGGCAAGCCUGUCUGUCUACUAGGUUGCAUAACUCAAUAUUAAUAAUACGUGGGGUAUAUAUAUAUAUAAUUGCUGUUCUUUUCUUCUUCCCAUUCCUUUUUACUUUUCUCUCUCUCUUUAUCUCUCCACUGCACAUUAGGUUCCUUAUAGGUUCGCGGCUUUGGUUAGAUGGUGCAGCACCUUCUUUUUUCUUCCUUAUUUUUCCCCCGCACUGGCAGGGAGCGGUGUGGGUUGGCGCGGUGUUGGGCGGACUUGUGUAUGACCAAUGAUAGCUAUAGCAGGUAUUUCCGCUUAUAG